AUGCCUCGGAAGCUGCAGGUAUCUGUAAGGGUCUCAGGGCUGUGCUGGGUCAACCAGAUCCCAUGGACGUGCGCCCCGAGCCCUGAGGCAUGCGGAGCCCAGGCCCUCAGCGGCAGCAGCAGGAUGAGUGCCAGCGAGGCGGACGGCCGGGCCGACCGCGAGCAGACCACCUACCACCUGCACAUCUACCCGCAGCUGUCUGCCGAGAGCCAGGCCUCCUGCCGUGUGACGGCCACCAAGGACACCACCACGUCCGACGUCAUCCGCGACGCCAUUGCCACCUUGCACCUGGACGGCUCCAAGCGCUAUGUGCUGGUGGAGGUGAAGGAGUCAGGCGGCGAGGAGUGGGUGCUGGACGCCAAUGACUCGCCCGUGCACCGCGUGCUGCUGUGGCCUCGCCGCGCCCAGGAUGAGCACCCGCGCUGCGACGGCUACUACUUCCUGCUGCAGGAGCGGAACGCCGAUGGCACCAUCAAGUACCUGCACAUGCAGGUGGUGGCGCAGGCGGCCGCUGCCCGGCGCCUGGCCCAGCGUGGCUUCCUGCCCUGGCAGCAGGCCGACUUCGACGACCUGUGCGACCUGCCCGAGCUGACCGAGGCCAACCUGCUGCGCAACCUCAAGCAGCGCUUCCUGCAGCAGAAGAUCUACACCUACGCCGGCAGCAUCCUGGUGGCCAUCAACCCCUUCAAGUUCCUGCCCAUCUACAACCCCAAGUACGUGAAGAUGUACGAGAACCAGCAGCUGGGCCGGCUGGAGCCGCACAUCUUCGCCAUCGCCGACGCAGCCUUCCACGCCAUGCUGCGCAAACGCCUUAACCAGUGCAUCGUCAUCUCGGGCGAGAGCGGCUCGGGCAAGACGCAGAGCACCAACUUCCUCAUCCACUGUCUCACGGCGCUCAGCCAGAAGGGCUAUGCCUGCGGCGUCGAGCGCACCAUCCUGGGCGCGGGGCCUGUGCUCGAGGCUUUUGGCAACGCCAAGACAGCUCACAACAACAACUCCAGCCGCUUCGGGAAGUUCAUCCAAGUCAACUACCUGGAGAGCGGAAUUGUGCGGGGAGCUAUUGUCGAAAAAUACCUGCUUGAGAAGUCUCGCCUGGUCUCUCAGGAGAAGGAUGAGAGGAACUACCAUGUGUUCUAUUACUUGUUGCUUGGGGUCAGCGAGGAAGAACGCCAGGAAUUCCAACUCAGGCAGCCGGAAGAUUACUUCUACCUCAACCAGCAUAACUUGAAGAUUGAGGACGCAGAGGACCUGAAGCAUGACUUCGAGCGCCUCAAGCAGGCCAUGGAGAUGGUGGGCUUCCUGCCGGCCACCAAGAAACAGAUUUUCUCUGUCCUCUCAGCCAUCCUGUACCUGGGCAACGUCACCUACAAGAAGAGGGCCACAGGCCGUGAUGAGGGGCUGGAGGUCGGACCCCCGGAGGUGCUAGACACGCUCUCCCAACUCCUCAAGGUGAAGCGCGAGAUCCUGGUGGAGGUUCUCACCAAGAGAAAAACAGUGACGGUCAAUGACAAGCUCAUCCUGCCCUACAGUUUCAGUGAGGCCAUCACAGCCCGUGACUCCAUGGCCAAGUCUCUAUACAGCGCCCUAUUUGACUGGAUUGUGCUGCGGAUCAACCACGCCCUCCUCAACAAGAAGGACAUGGAGGAGUCUGUGUCGUGCCUGUCCAUUGGGGUCCUCGACAUCUUCGGGUUUGAAGACUUCGAGAGGAACAGCUUUGAACAGUUCUGCAUCAACUACGCCAACGAGCAGCUUCAGUACUACUUCAAUCAGCAUAUUUUCAAACUGGAGCAGGAGGAGUACCAGAGCGAGGGCAUCUCCUGGCACAACAUCGACUACACGGACAAUGUGGGCUGUAUUCACCUCAUCAGCCGCAAGCCCACCGGCCUCUUCUACCUGCUGGACGAGGAGAGCAGCUUCCCCCACGCCACAAGCCAGACCCUGCUGGCCAAGUUCAAGCAGCAACACGAGGACAACAAGUACUUCGUGGGCACGCCUGUCAUGGAGCCAGCCUUCAUCAUCCAGCACUUUGCAGGGAGAGUCAAAUACCAGAUAAAGGACUUCCGGGAGAAGAAUAUGGACUACAUGCGGCCCGACAUCGUGGCACUCCUGCGUGGCAGCGACAGCUCCUAUGUGCGGGAGCUCAUCGGCAUGGACCCGGUGGCGGUGUUCCGCUGGGCGGUGCUGCGGGCGGCCGUGCGCGCCAUGGCCGUGCUGCGGGAGGCUGGCCGGCUGCGGGCCGAGAGGUCAGAGAAGGCGGCAGGUACAGGUGGCUCCGGCUUCCGAAAUCACCUGGGAGAGCCGCAGAGAUCAGCCAGCACCCCGUCAGAAAAGCUGUACCGAGAAUUGCAUGACCAAAUCAUCAGGACCAUCAAAGGGCUGCCCUGGCAGGGUGAGGACCCCCGGCGGCUUCUCCAGUCCCUCAGCCGGCUCCAGAAACCCUGUGUCUUCAUCCUGAAAAGUAAAGGUAUCAAACAAAAGCAGAUCAUUCCCAAGAACCUGUUGGACUCCAAGUCCCUGAAGCUCAUCAUCAGCAUGACCCUGCACGACCGAACCACCAAGUCGCUGUUGCACCUGCAUAAGAAGAAGAAGCCGCCCAGCAUCAGCGCACAGUUCCAGACGUCCCUCAACAAGCUCCUGGAGGCACUGGGCAAGGCAGAGCCCUUCUUCAUCCGCUGUGUCCGCUCCAAUGCCGAAAAGAAAGAGCUGUGCUUCGACGAGGAGCUGGUUCUGCAGCAGCUGCGCUACACGGGCAUGCUGGAGACCGUGCGCAUCCGGAGGUCGGGCUACAGCGCCAAGUACACCUUCCAGGACUUCACGGAGCAGUUUCAGGUGCUGCUGCCCAAGAAUGCCCCACCCUGCAGGGAGGUCAUCUCCUCACUGCUGGAGAAGAUGGCCGUGGACAAGAAGAACUACCAGAUCGGGAAAACCAAGGUGUUCCUGAAGGAGCUGGAGCGGCAGGCGCUGCAGGAGACACUGCACCGGGAGGUCGUGCGCAAGAUCCUGCUGCUGCAGAGCUGGUUCCGGAUGGUUCUGGAACGCCGGCACUUCCUGCAGAUGAAGCGAGCAGCCGUCACCAUCCAGGCCUGCUGGCGUUCCUACCGAGUCCGGCGGGCGUUGGAGAGGACACAGGCGGCCGUGUUCCUUCAGGCCGCGUGGAGAGGCUACCGACAGAGGACAGCCUACCGGCGCCGGAGACAGAGCAUCAUCCGUCUACAGAGCCUCUGUCGGGGCCACUUGCAGCGUAAGAGCUUCAGCCAGAUGGUCUCGGAGAAGCAGAAAGCAGAGGAGAAGGAGCGGGAAGCCCUGCUUGCCGCCCAGGAAGCUGCCAUGCGGGCUAGUGAGGAGCAGAGACUCACACAGAUGCCACUUGAGGACCCUGAGCCCCUGGCCGUGCUAGAGCCUGGCCCACAGCCAAGUGACAAACUCCCCACAACGAACACCCAGCCAGAGACUCCUGCCCCAGAGAAGCCCACCCCAGCCCAGAAGCUACCAGCCGAGGGCCACGACAAAGCCCCCAGCAGCCGCGAGAAGCGGGAGUCACGGUGGCAGAGGGGCCUGGAGCGCGUGCAGUUCCUGAAGAAGCACAUCCAGUCCUGUAAGGAGGAAGGGGUCCUCAGAGAUGCACCCGAGAGGGCAGGCCCAGAGCUGAGGGAGAUCCUUCCAGAAGACCAGAAGGAAAGCCAAGAAGAGGGCACCCCCUCAGAAGCAGGACUGGGGGCCGAGCCUGUGUCCCCUGUAAAGCCACCCCCGGAGGUGUCACAGGCUGCCGCUUGCAAGCUCCCUUUGUAUGGCCAGGAGGGGAGCCCAAGGUCUGAGCACCUGGAGCGGCCCACCAGCCUGGCCCUGGGCAGCAGUGCCCCAGAGACCCCCAAGGACAAGGGCAGGUCUAGUGCCAGCCCCCGGGACCAGCCUGAGAGCCCCAGCGGCACGGCCCAGAUCCAGCGGCACCGGGACACUGACUCCGAGCGCCUGGCCAACGCUGUGGAGCUGUGGCGUGACAAGAAGCUCGUGACCACCAGGCCUUCCGCCAUGCUCAGCCAGUCCUUGGACCUCAGUGAGCGGCGCCCGGCUGCCCUCAGGCCCACAGAGGAGAGGCGGAUUUCCCUAUCCACAAGUGAUGUCUCCAGCCUCCUCGUAUCUCCUUCCAGGACUCAGUCCUUAGCAGAAUCCGUGGAUGGGGAGCCCAGUUCCAAGAAGCCAGCAGUCCAGAAGAAGAAGUCAGGUGACUCGACCUCCAUCACAGACACAGGGCUGUCCCCGGGCAGCCAGCCUGACUCCAAGUCUGCGUUCAAGAGGCUUUUCCUGCAUAAGAACAGGGAGAAGGCUGAGAAUACAGGUUCUGGGCACACUGGGUCCGAAGUCAUUGCCACAAAGAAGAAUCCAGAAGCCGCCUCCAGCCAGCAACACCGACACCCAGCAGGAGAGAAGCCUGCCAAAGAGGCAGGAGGCCGGGGGAAGAAGAACCGGAACCUGAAGGUUGGCAAAAUCACAGUGUCGGAGAAGUGGCGGGAGUCAGUGUUCCGCAAGAUCACCAACGCCAACGAGCUCAAGUUCCUGGAUGAAUUCCUGCUCAAUAAGAUCAAUGACUUGCGCUCCCAAAAGACCCCCAUCGAAAGCUUGUUCAUCGAGGCGACUGAGAAGUUCCGCAGCAACCUCAAGACCAUGUACUCUGGCCCGAACGGGAAGAUCCACGUGGGCUACAAGGACCUGAUGGAGAACUACCAGAUUGUCGUGAGCAACCUGGCGGCAGAGCGUGGCGAGAAGGACACCAACCUGGUGCUCAACCUCUUCCAGUCCCUGCUGGACGAGUUCACCCGCGGUCACACCAGGAGCGACUUCGAGGCCCCCAAGCAGAGCAAGUCUCGGAAGAAGUGGAAGCAGGAUCGCGCUGUACAGCAGCACAAUGGGCACGUGUUUGCCAGCUACCAGGUCAGCAUCCCCCAGUCGUGCGAACACUGCCUCUCCUACAUCUGGCUCAUGGACAAGGCCCUGCUAUGCAGCGUGUGCAAGAUGACCUGCCACAAGAAAUGCGUGCACAAGAUCCAGACCUACUGCUCCUAUACGUGCAGGCAGAAGGUGGAGCCAGGUGCAGAGCCCGGCCACUUUGGCGUGUGCGUGGACAGCUUGACCAGUGACAAGGUCUCAGUGCCUGUUGUGCUGGAGAAGCUUCUGGAACACGUGGAGAUGCAUGGCCUGUACACCGAGGGCCUCUACCGAAAGUCAGGAGCAGCCGGCCGCACGCGGGAGCUCCGGCAGACACUGCAAACAGACCCCACCACCGUGAAGCUGGAGAACUACCCCAUCCAUGCCAUCACUGGUGUCUUGAAGCAGUGGCUGCGGGAGCUGCCUGAGCCCCUCAUGACCUUUGCCCAGUACAAUGACUUCCUCCGUGCGGUGGAGCUGCCUGAGAAGCAGGAGCAGCUGGCUGCCAUCUACGCUGUCCUGGACCACCUGCCAGAAGCCAAUCACAACUCCCUAGAGCGGCUCAUCUUCCACCUUGUGAAGGUGGCCCUGCUCGAGGACGUGAACCGCAUGUCGCCUGGCGCCUUGGCCAUCAUCUUUGCCCCCUGCCUGCUGCGUUGCCCUGACACCUCGGACCCGCUGACCAGCAUGAAGGAUGUGCAGAAGACCACCAUGUGCGUCGAGAUGCUGAUCAAGGAGCAGAUGCGAAAGUACAAAGUGAAGAUGGAGGAGAUCAACCAGCUGGAGGCGGCCGAGAGCAUCGCCUUCCGCCGGCUCUCACUGCUGCGGCAGAACACUCUCUGGCCUUUCAAACUGGGGUUCUCGUCUCCCUACGAGGGGGUCCUGAACAAGAGCCCCAGAGGCCGGACCAGCGGCCUGGAGGAGCUGGGGGUGUUACCUGAGGAGGAGGCAGUAGUGGCAGCCGGGGACAACGAGGACCGAGAGAAGGAGAUCCUCAUGGAGCGCAUCCAGUCCAUCAAGGAGGAGAAGCAAGACAUCACCUACCGGCUGCCAGAGCUGGACCCACGAGGCUCCGACGAGGAGAACCUGGACUCGGAGACAUCGGCCAGCACCGAAAGCCUGCUGGAGGAGCGGGCCGGGCGGGGGGCCGCGGAAGGGCCCCCUGCGCCAACUCUCCCCUGCCCCGGCACACCCACCCUGUGCCCCCUCCCCACGGUGGCCGCGGUGGUAGCCCCGGCAGCACCCCUCCGACGCAGGCCCUCGUCCUUCGCGACAGUCCGAGUGAAGACCCCCCGGCGCACACCUGUCAUGCCUAUGGGCAAAAUCAAGCUCCCGCCCGGCCUGCCUACUCACCUGCCCAGCUGGGCACCUAAGGCCCCUGAUUCUGGGGUCCCCGUAAGGCGCCGUGAGCCGCCCGCCCGGCGCCCAGACCUGGUACACUCGGUGUACGUGACUCCAGGCGCAGAGCUGCCCGCACAGGCUGUCCUCGAGGCCCUGGACGAGGAAGAACGGGCCCCUGGCACCAAACGGAGAUACUCGGACCCCCCGACAUACUGCCUGCCCCCUGCCCCAGGCCAGGCCAACGGCUGA